AUGGAUGUAGUUUUCACGGUUAGAUGGGAGAUCGUAGUUGAUAACAAGGGAGACCUGAAAUCGAGUGUUAUCUCAAAAAUAUUAGAAAAUAGAUACAAGUCUUACCUGUUGAACGUCAAUACCACGAGCCAAGAUAUCGGUGGUGAUGAGGACACGGGAAGAUCCGGAGCGGAACUCGCGCAUGAUAGUGUCACGUUCUGCCUGAGUGAGUUCGUCCUUCUUGACAAGAAUACGAAUUGGAUUACGCAUGAAGCGAUCGGUAACGUCAAGAACCUCAGAUGGCAUUGUAGCCGAGAGAAGAACGACUUGAACGUCCUGUGGCAUGGAGCGGAAAACGUCGUAAAUCUGAUCCUUGAAUCCACGAGACAACAUCUCGUCAGCCUCGUCGAGAACGAACAUCUUGAUUCUGGAGGUGUCAAGAGCGUUUCUGUUGAUCAUGUCUCCAACACGUCCUGGAGUUCCGACGACGACAUGGAUUCCAUUCUCAAGCUUGCGUUGAUCAUCGCGAACGCUAGUUCCUCCGAUACAUGGAAGAAUGUUCACAUUGAGCAAGUGCGUUCAAGAAUUAUCACUUACCUCGAUCAAGCCGUCGGCGUCGACCACCGAAGAUCCGUUCACAUCAUUUUUAGCAUCGGUCAUGACAGGUGGGUAUAA